AUGCACCAGGGAGAUUACGCUUCCUACUACCAGUUCCCCACCUUCCAAAACCCUAACCCCAAUCCCAAUCCAAACCCGCCCAAUUCGAUCGAUCACCACCAGACGGCGUCGGCGCCGCCGUUCUCCCCCAGCUACCCUCCCAACGAUUACUCCGCGCCUAUCCUCCUCAAUCUUACCCUCCUCCACCUCCUUACUCUUCCGAUCCCGCAGCUGCCUCCAGCCACCCGCGCAGCAAUCGUAUUUCCCGCCGUUCGAUCACCAUCAGACCCUGGUGCCAGCUAUGCUGCUGCCCCGCCCCCGCCACCGCCUGCCUCGAAUCCGAUCGCCGGAGCGCCCUAUGUGUCUUAUUCGUCCCUUAAUCCGGUAGGAUCGUCUGUUCCGCCUGUGUAUGAUAACCAGUAUGAGAAUUCGCCGAAGUUCGAUCAUGGCGUUGGGUAUUUUGACGAUAAGUAUGGGAUCUAUAAUCGGGUCGGUCUGAUUUGGGGAUGGAUCCUUAUGGAAUGCGGUCAGAAGGGAGGUCUGAAAUGGGUCGGGAUGGUGGAUAUGGUGAUGGUGUUAUUGCUAUCAAGGUGGGAAGGUGGAGCCGUACGGGGCACGAGGGACGGCACCGAAGUCUUCAACAUGGGUGGAGGCCAGAGCACCAUGGAUGUGCUUUGCCAGAUUGGUUUGGAUGGAAUUAAGAUGCUAGAUCCCAAUACCAGUCGGACACUCAGAAUUUAUCCCCUUGAGAACAUCACAAGAUGUGAUAAAAUGGACUCGUCAACUUUUGCCUUCUGGUCCAAGAGCUCUGUGGAUGUUGAACCAAGGCGCAUCAGGUUGCAAUCAAAUAGCUACACGACCAGUACACUUCUUGAUACAGUGACUGCUGCAACCAUACAGCUGAAGGAAAUGGGGGGAAGACCCAAGCCUUCAGAUCAUUCAAAGAUAUCUGAGCAGACGGCAGAGAGGAAGAAAGGUUUUGGUGAUUGGAUGAACUUCAUAAAGCCCGCUAAUGAGGAGAAAGAUCAUUGGGUCCCUGAUGAAGCAGUAAUGAAGUGUACAGGAUGUGGGACUGAUUUUAAUGCAUUCAUUCGAAGGCACCACUGCAGAAACUGUGGCGACAUAUUCUGUGAUAAAUGUACCCAUGGAAGAAUUGCUCUUACUGCUGAGGAGAAUGCCAGCCAGUUAGAGUUUGCGACCGGUGCCUGUAUCUGUGUUCUGCAUGUUUUAGGCGGAAGUGACACAGCGUUGACGAAUACUAAAGAAGCAGCCAGUAAACCUGCAGGAUUAAUUAGCCAUGAGGACCUCGCCAGAAACUUCAGGUAUUUGAGAGAGAUGGAAAGGAAUCGCAAGACAUCCUCGGGAUCAAAAUCUUCUGAAGGAUCAUCUGGCAAGCGAAUGAGAGAAGUCGCGUGCCCUACUUGCACUGUCCAUCUCCAGGUUCAGGUCCCGAGCUCAGGUUCAGAGACCAUAGAAUGCGGAGUCUGUCAGCACCCUUUCCUUGUCAGUGCUCACUAGGUGUCUGCAAAGUGGCGCUUCUUCCUUUUCUUUUUCUAAAGUCCUGGAUGUUGUUUCUAGAUGGCCUUUGUUUGUACAAAAAGUGUUGGUAAAGCUCCCUCUGGCUUUGGGGUAAACUGAAGUUGGUUCAUUGGGGGUUUUUUGAUUUGUCACGGAACAUAAUCUGUCAUUCAUGACACAAUAUGCAACUUUGAGUUUCGCUGGGUGCUUUAAUUUGAGAGUUGACUUUGGGGUUGCUUUCUUUCUGGCUUUGUAAAUUUGAUGAUUAUGCCCCUCUCCCUAUAUUCCUAAUAACACGCUUGUAUUUGGCAACAGUGUUCAGAACUUGUGGAUAAUAGAUUUCGCGUCUCUAUGUUGUGCA